UCGUGCUGCUGCUGUACUGUAAUCAUAUGAUAGGGAGCCGAGCCCCGCUGCAGAAUACCGACACACCGGGCGGACACCAGCGGAGCAGCCGGGGCGGAGGACACCAGUUGAUGGUAGAGAUUUUAUUUUAGCCGUUACAGAAGCGCGUGGAGUCCGUGAAAGUGUCAAAAAGAGCCAAAGUCCCCUCAAAAAGGAACUUUUUUAAACUCUGGAGAGAGUCGGACACAGGGGGGGAACCGUUUGGAAGAGAGGAGGGCGACACACACGAAACGUUAACCGAGGGACAGUCGAUUUAACCGGAGCUGAGGUUUGAGUUAGCUAACACACACACACACACACAUACACACACACACACACACACAGAGGUAGGCGGUCAGCGGGUCGGUGGAAACCCCUGGGGUCCUCGCAUCGCUUGUCGGGGCGUGUGUGGUUGUUUUUUUGUGGCUUUCCCCCACAAGUUUCUAAAAACUAGCUAGGUCACUUUACUGUCGAAGCUGAAGCCAUGGUCGGGGAGACAGAGGUGAAGGAGAGACCCAAGUCCAACCCGGACUAUCUCAUGCAGCUGAUGAACGACAGGAAGGUGAUGAGCUCCCUGCCCAACUUCAGCGGCAUCUUCACGCAUCUGGAGCGGCUGCUGGAUGAAGAAAUCGGCAGGGUACGCAAAGACAUGUACAACGACACGGUGAACGGCGGCAUGUUCAACGGGCGGGACAUGGAGGAGCUUCCCGAAGCCAUCGGCCCUGUGGCUCAGCUGCAGGAGAAGCUCUACGUGCCUGUCAAAGAGUACCCUGACUUUAACUUUGUAGGGAGGAUCCUGGGCCCACGUGGACUGACGGCCAAACAACUGGAGGCAGAGACCGGCUGCAAGAUUAUGGUGCGAGGAAAGGGCUCCAUGAGAGACAAGAAGAAGGAGGAGAUGAACCGAGGGAAGCCCAACUGGGAGCACCUCAGCGAGGACCUCCACGUCCUGAUCACGGUGGAGGACACACACAACCGGGCCAAGAUCAAACUCCAGCGGGCCAUCAACGAGGUCAAGAAACUUCUGGUGCCAGCUGCUGAGGGGGAGGACAACCUGAAGAAAAUGCAGUUGAUGGAGCUGGCCAUUCUCAACGGGACCUACAGAGACGCCAAUGUCAAGACGCCCACCGCCGGCUUCCCUCUGGCGACCCCUCAGGCGCCCCGGAUCAUCACAGGCCCGACGCCCGUCCUGCCUCCCACCCUGCGCAACCCCGCCCCCGUCACCACGCCGACCAUCAUGCCUCUGAUCCGUCAGAUCCAGAGCUCCGCCCUCGUGCCGGGAGGCAAUCCGCACCCGGCGCUGGUGCAGCAAGGGCCCGAAUCUGGAAUCAUCUACACGCCCUACGAGUAUCCCUACACACUCACGCCCUCCAUAUUGGAAUACCCGAUUGACUCAACUGGAGUAUUAGGUAUGGCUUUCCCAACCAAAGGCUAAACGAUAGCAACUCUUCCUAGCACACACACGGACUGGCUUGCAGAGACCCCACCCCCCCACCCCCCCACAUACUUGUUCCCCCAGAGCAAACACUCAAAGUUUGCUCAUACUUUAGGAUGACAGAUUCCUCGACAGUCAUUCUGUAGUCAAGUGUCCAUUCCUGUUAAUUUCCUCUUUGUAUUAGCAGACUAGUGUUGUGGUGUGACAGCUAUUUAACUUUUUUUAAUAGUUCAGCUUCUGCUUGUAAUUUUAACACAUUUUUAGUGAACCCAUAGGUAUUCUAGCGCCGCUGUUUGUGAUUUAAUAUAUGUUAAAGCUUAUUUUAAUCACAGAGCUAUAGAGUGACUUUGCUUACAGCUGAUGUUGAAUCUACUAGUGAAGCUUAGUGAGAAAUUAGUGGUUUGGAUUAAUAUUUUCUUUAGAGAACAGAAGACCACAAAACAACAAGAGUUCUGUCUCUUAGAAGUGAGAUGUUUUGACUUGUUUUCGCCCUUCAGCCUUGAACACUUUGUAUAUUCCUGAUGUUGGUGCCAUGGGUGGACUGUUUGAUGUCUUUCUGAUGAGUAACCUUCUGUGUUCUGUUUUGGCGAUGUCAAUGGCUGUUAGCAGGUGCCAUGACCACUAAGGUACGACGCCACGACAAGAGAAUCCAUCCUUACCAAAGGGUAGUGACCCCAGACAGAGGUUAGUUAGCUCACCAGCCACUUUAUGUGUAUGUGUGUGUGUGUUAGUGUGCGUGCAUGCAGACCAAUGGACCAAUUUCAGUUUACAUGUGUCUGUAAAACGGCAUGCCUAAAAAAAGAAGUAACUGUAUCAGGCGAAAAAAAGGUCACACGCUGAAGCAGCUUCAGUGUAAAAUGUGAAACGGUAUUUGUUGCAGUGAAAGUGAAAUAAGUGAGCAGAUUGGGAGGAACCACGUGAGGGGUGACAGCUGCAGCGGUUAUCUUUGCUCGCCUGGUAGAUAAACUGGACGGCUUGCAGGCCGGGACCCUCUCAAUUAGAAUGGAUCACUCCGUUCAUGUGACUCGGUCCUUGUGACUCUGGGUUUGGAGUCCUCUCUCAGAAACUUUUUUUUUGUUGUUGUUGUUUUUAUCUCUUCACUACUACUUUUGACCCUGCAAAUAACUGUGGGAAGUUUUAUUUAUACCCAACUUCAUUCCAGUAGAUUUCCACAAAUGUUUUUUUUAUUAUUAUUAUGAAUUAAAUCCUGUGUUGUGCCCAAUGACUAUAUGACACUUAAAGGAGCAGUGUGUAAGACUUAGGGGGAUUUAGUGCCAUCCAGCGGUGAGGAUUGCAGAUUGCAACCAGCUUCUCCCGGUUAGAAUUCCUUCGGUAUUCAUCAUUCAGAAGGUUUUUACUGGUAGCUGAAUUAUCUCUCUUGUCUCUUCUUCUUUAAAACAAACAAACCAGGUGAUUAAAACUGGUUAAAAAACACUGAAUGAAGCAGUUUCACGUUACAAAUCAGUGUUUCUUUAAUGCUGUUUGGCAUGUCGCAGAUGGGCUAGCCCAGCACCUGCUAGUGUGCGAUAACCUAUUUUUCUCAAAACUUAAUGUGUGCUCAACUUAUUUCUGAUCCAGACGUUCAGGAGGUUUUUACCAGGAGCUGAAUUAUUCGCAGAGGUCUUUUCCAUUUCAAAACAAACAGACCAGCUGAUUAAAAACAGUAACAACACUGAAUAAAGCAGUUUCACAUUAAAGAAAAACAUAAUCCCCAUUUACAUUACAUUUACAUUUUUGUCUCGCCUUUAAGCUGGGGGUGGAGGAAGUAACAGCGCGGAAUUGACAUCUGUGUAAAAAGGACAGCGGGCAGGAUAGGACGGGUGUGACGUUUUGAUGACAUGUGACCCAUCACUGGGAGAUUUGAAAAGCAGUUUGCAGCUUACUUAGGGGCUGUACACAUACCGCAUCUUUAACCGCCUGGAAAACGCGAGGUCGGGUGCUGUGUGCUACUUUUGUGCCUUUUUUGUGCCAGCUUUAGUGCAGAGCUGAUCUUCUUCCAGACGCUGUUUAUAAGUGUGUAGGCCUAUCGUCUGUGGGACAGAUGUAAAGCUCUGGGUAGCCCUGCACUAACAUGAUCAACUUCUCCGUAUUUAUUAGACUGAAUAUUUACAGAAGAAGGGAAAGAUAUCUGUCGGCUGUGAUUGGUUGUUCCUUGUCACACGACAUGCGAGGUGCGCUGCUGCUUUUCAAAAGUUGAACUUCACACAUAAACUGAAAAAUAGGUGUUCGGAAACAUGUGCGUGCCGUGACAGCAUCGUUCUGGCCUUUUAGGACAAUGAAAACAUUUAAUUUGAGGGCGCAAAAACGGCCCCUUAAAGAAGAACAACAGCAACAUUAAUGUCCUUAAAUUUGGAAAACAAUGAGGUUCUGGAGCUCCUUACCCUCCGAGCAGAGGACGAGAUCAGCUGCCUUACAACAGGGAUGGUAAAUAAUUAUUGCCAAUAAAGCACUGCCUGAUGUGUCUGUUACAUGUCACACGAGAGUUUGGCUCUGUGUAAAAAUUUAAAGGUGGCGUAAAGAAGGGACUUGGUAGCAGCCCUAUUGCGUGAUCUCUGUGUAGAAAGGGCUAAUGUUUGACCCUGUUCGGCAUGUCGGAAACAGGUCGCUAGCCCAGCACCUGCUAAUGUGUGCUCACCUUUUAUCUCUGACAACACAAGAUCGAGACGUUCAGGAGGUUUUUGCCGGAAGCAGAAUUACCUGCAGAGGUCUCUUCCUCUCCAAAACUAAUUUAAACUGGUAAAAGAACAGAAUAAAGCAGUUUCACACUAAAAAUUGUUGCAGAGUGGCGGCUAACCACGGUGGCCUGAUGCAAAAACGCCAAUGGCCCUAUCCUGGCAGUGCAACAUGGCAGUCUCCAUGGAUGAGAAUUGCUCCCUGUGUAGAUAUAAACAGCUCAUUUUAAAGUAACAAAAACAUGACGAUUCUUAUUUUCAGGUGAUUACACACUAAACAGAAUUGUUGCCCAAUAAAUCUAUCCCCCUAAAUCCUACACACUGGACCUUUAAUGUAACAGUGAUUGUCUUUUUAUCUGAAGGUCAUUCAAUUCAGUAUGAUCUUUGGUCUUUACUACUAAAACACAGCGUGUGAUAACUACUGAGGUCUGUGUUACAAGCUCUUUUGUAUGAAAUACUGUUGUUUGUGGUCUUAUCAGUCGCCCACUGGACUUUAUCAUUGGGACUGUUUACAUCUUUCAUAUAUUUCCUAGCCAGAGUGGCGCUGUUACCAUGUAUUUAGCUGCAAAAUAAAUUUGUAUAUAGGGAUUUUAAGGAUUUAAGUGCUUAUAUGAAGCUUAUGGAACAAGAUCGCUUUGGAAAUACUUGUAGUUUUUUUUUUUUUUUUUUUUUUUUUUUUUUAGUUUGUAAAUUUUUAUUUUUACGACAUGCUUUUUAUAGAUGAAGUGUCUCCAUGUAAACUUCAGACUUUUAUUCAAGGUGUGUAGCUACUACUGUUUUAGUCACCGCGAGAAAAAAGGUGGCAGUGAAGGCAGUGUUUUGCUCUUGUCUAUUUAAGACGAGGCGACCUUCUCGAUUCACAGGCCUCGUGACUGUUUUAUGCAAUAGAAAUGGACUAGCUAGCUACAAUAUAUGUGCGUGUGUGUGCGUGCGUGUGUGAGCGGUGGUGCUCUUGUUGUACACGAUGGACAAAAAACACUAAAAGGCAAUAAAGAUGACUAUUGAAAAAAAAGAUCUCUAAAGAAAACCAAAGCCUCUAAAUUCUUGUAGUUAGUCUGUCUAUUGUUAAAUUGUUUCUAAAAUCACCAUCUCUUAACCUCUCAUCGCUAUCUCCUAUGGUGCCUCUUUGCUUACUGUAGCCAUUAGCUGCUCUUCUAAUACUUCAUAGCCAAUAGAUCAAACCAUAAUCAAUAAUCAGUUAAUCACAACUGUUAAUCUUACACCUGCUGCUAAACAAUAGCUCUAUUUGUCAGUAAGCGAAAGUAUUUCUGAGGCCCCGACACUUUUCUUUGGACAUAAAGGUCACCUUCUCACCCACAUGAAACCAUGCUGUCUCCCUCUCUGUCCAUGGUUUCACUGUCUGUCUGUGCUAGACGUAGCCCAGCUAGCAUGAGUAGUAUCACUAUAGCAGCGGUCACACGACAGGAGGGGCAUCUCCUUAAAACACAACCCUGCAAACACCUUCAUGAGCACACGUGAGCAUCUCUAACCGGCCAUUCCUUAUGUCACCACCCGCUGGUUGAUGUAAGUCCUUCUGAAUGGUUAUGCAGGGCUCAUGAAGGUGUUGUGCAGCUCUUCUGUAGCGCCCCUCAUGCUGUGUGACUGCCGUAGAUCUGCCUUGUUGUCAUCCUGACGCCACUAGCUGACACUAAUCUCUCUUCUAUCUUUUUUUCUUUUUAUGUCCCCUUUUAUGUGCCCUUUUUGUUUCCUUUCCACGUCUGUCCG